CUCCUGCCCUUGCGGGGGCUCCCGCCACUGUUUGGAGGGACUGACGGAGGCCGCAGAGAUGGCCGGGGCCUCGGUGAAGGUGGCGGUGCGUGUCCGCCCCUUCAAUUCCCGGGAAAUGAGCCGCGACUCCAAGUGCAUCAUUCAGAUGUCCGGGAGCACGACCACCAUCGUCAACCCCAAACAGCCCAAGGAAACGCCCAAGAGCUUCAGCUUCGACUACUCCUACUGGUCACACACCUCGCCCGAGGACAUCAACUACGCCUCGCAGAAGCAGGUGUACCGGGACAUCGGGGAGGAGAUGCUGCAGCACGCCUUCGAGGGCUACAAUGUGUGCAUCUUCGCCUACGGGCAGACGGGGGCGGGCAAGUCCUACACCAUGAUGGGCAAGCAGGAGAAGGACCAGCAGGGCAUCAUCCCGCAGCUCUGCGAGGACCUCUUCUCUCGAAUCAACGACACAAGCAACGACAACAUGUCCUACUCUGUGGAGGUGAGCUACAUGGAGAUUUACUGCGAGCGCGUCCGUGACCUUCUGAACCCCAAGAACAAGGGCAACCUGCGGGUGAGGGAGCACCCGCUGCUGGGUCCCUACGUGGAGGACCUCUCCAAGCUGGCCGUCACCUCCUACAAUGACAUCCAGGACCUCAUGGACUCAGGGAACAAGGCCAGGACUGUGGCAGCCACAAACAUGAAUGAGACCAGCAGCCGCUCCCACGCCGUCUUCAACAUCAUCUUCACCCAGAAGCGCCAUGAUGCCGAGACCAACAUCACCACGGAGAAAGUGAGCAAGGUCAGCCUGGUGGACCUGGCCGGGAGCGAGCGGGCUGACUCCACGGGCGCCAAGGGCACACGCCUCAAGGAAGGCGCCAACAUCAACAAAUCCCUGACCACACUGGGAAAGGUCAUCUCCGCUCUGGCCGAAAUGGACUCUGGACCCAACAAGAACAAGAAAAAGAAGAAGACAGAUUUCAUUCCCUACCGAGAUUCUGUGCUGACCUGGCUCCUCCGGGAAAACCUGGGCGGCAACUCGAGGACGGCUAUGGUGGCAGCCCUGAGCCCCGCUGACAUCAACUACGACGAGACCCUCAGCACGCUGAGGUAUGCCGACAGAGCCAAGCAGAUCCGCUGCAAUGCCAUCAUCAACGAGGACCCCAACAACAAGCUGAUCCGUGAGCUGAAGGACGAGGUGACCCGGCUGCGGGACCUGCUGUAUGCCCAGGGCCUUGGCGACAUCACCGACACCAACACGGUGCCCGGAGGACCCAAAUAUGUGUUCGACCUUGAGAACAAUAACCGUAACUGUGGCGGGGUGGAGUUGCAUCAAGCCCCUGACAAUCUCUCCACAGUGACCAACGCCCUGGUGGGCAUGAGCCCCUCAUCCUCGCUCUCGGCCCUGUCCAGCCGCGCGGCCUCCGUGUCCAGCCUGCACGAGCGCAUCCUGUUUGCCCCGGGCAGCGAGGAGGCCAUCGAAAGGCUGAAGGAAACAGAAAAGAUCAUAGCCGAGCUCAACGAGACCUGGGAGGAGAAGCUGCGGCGGACCGAAGCCAUCCGGAUGGAGAGGGAAGCGCUGCUGGCCGAGAUGGGCGUGGCCAUGAGGGAAGAUGGUGGUACCUUGGGUGUGUUCUCUCCCAAAAAGACGCCACAUCUGGUCAACCUGAACGAAGACCCGCUGAUGUCCGAGUGCCUGCUCUACUACAUCAAGGAUGGGACCACCAGAGUGGGCAGGGAAGACGGGGAGCGGCGGCAGGACAUCGUCCUGAGCGGGCACUUCAUCAAGGAGGAGCACUGUGUCUUCCGGAGCGACUCCAGGGGAGGCACUGAAGCCGUGGUGACCCUGGAGCCCUGCGACGGGGCAGACACCUAUGUCAACGGCAAGAAAGUCACGGAGCCCAGCAUCCUGCGGUCAGGAAACCGCAUCAUCAUGGGCAAGAGCCACGUGUUCCGGUUCAACCACCCUGAGCAGGCCCGGCAGGAGCGCGAGCGCACGCCCUGUGCAGAGACGCCCGCCGAGCCCGUGGACUGGGCCUUCGCCCAGCGCGAGCUGCUGGAGAAGCAGGGCAUCGACAUGAAGCAGGAGAUGGAGCAGAGGCUUCAGGAGCUGGAGGACCAGUACCGCCGGGAGCGGGAGGAGGCCACCUACCUGCUGGAGCAGCAGAGGCUGGACUACGAGAGCAAGCUGGAGGCCCUGCAGAAGCAGAUGGGCUCCAGGUACUACCCGGAGGUGAACGAGGAGGAGGAGGAGCCGGAGGACGAAGUCCAGUGGACAGAGAGGGAGUGUGAGCUGGCGCUCUGGGCCUUCCGGAAGUGGAAGUGGUACCAGUUCACGUCCCUGCGGGACCUGCUGUGGGGCAACGCCAUCUUCCUCAAGGAGGCCAACGCCAUCAGCGUUGAGCUGAAGAAGAAGGUCCAGUUCCAGUUUGUCCUGCUCACGGACACGCUCUACUCGCCGCUGCCCCCAGACCUGCUGCCCCCAGAGGCCGCCAAAGACCGAGAGACGCGCCCCUUUCCCCGCACCAUCGUGGCCGUGGAGGUCCAGGACCAGAAGAAUGGAGCCACCCACUACUGGACGCUGGAGAAACUCAGGCAGCGCCUGGACCUCAUGCGGGAGAUGUGUGACCGGGCAGCAAAGGUGCCCUCCAGCGUCAUCGAGGACUGCGACAACGUGGUGAUCGGUGGAGACCCCUUCUAUGACCGCUUCCCCUGGUUCCAGCUGGUGGGCAGCCCAGUCAUCUCUGGCUGCAGCAGCCACCCUCUUCUCAACACAUGCAUGAGCGAGCGCAUGGCUGCUCUCACCCCCUCCCCCACCUUCUCGAGCCCCGACUCCGACGCCACCGAGCCUGCCGAGGAGCAGAGCAUGGGGGAGGAGGAGGAGGAGGAGGAGGAGGAGGAGGACCUGGAGGACGACGUCUUUCCGGAGCACGCGCUGUGCGACGGCCGGGACCCGUUUUACGACCGGCCCCCCCUGUUCAGUUUAGUAGGAAGGGCCUUCGUGUACCUGAGCAACUUGCUGUACCCCGUGCCGCUGGUGCACCGCGUGGCCAUCGUCAGUGAGAAGGGCGAAGUGAAGGGUUUCCUCCGUGUGGCUGUCCAGGCCAUCUCAGCCGACGAAGAGGCCCCCGAUUAUGGCUCCGGCGUCCGCCAGUCGGGAACUGCUAAAAUCUCCUUUGAUGACCAGCAUUUCGAGAAGUUCCAGUCCGAGUCCUGCCCUGUGGUAGGGAUGUCCCGCUCAGGGACCUCCCAGGAAGAACUGCGCAUCGUGGAAGGUCAGGGCCAGGGCGCUGAUGCGGGGCCCUCAGCAGAUGAGGUCAACAACAACACCUGCUCAGCGGUGCCUCCGGAGGGCCUCCUCUUAGACAGCCCCGAGAAAGCCUCCCUGGAUGGGCCCCUGGACGCGGCCCUGGACCACCUCCGCCUGGGCAGCACCUUCACGUUCCGUGUGACAGUCCUGCAGGCCUCCAGCAUCUCCGCAGAAUACGCCGACAUCUUCUGCCAGUUCAACUUCAUUCACCGCCACGACGAGGCAUUCUCCACCGAGCCUCUGAAGAAUACGGGCAGGGGGCCGCCGCUUGGCUUCUACCACGUCCAAAAUAUUGCAGUGGAGGUGACCAAGUCCUUCAUCGAGUACAUCAAGAGCCAGCCCAUUGUAUUCGAGGUCUUCGGCCACUACCAGCAGCACCCGUUUCCGCCCCUCUGCAAGGAUGUGCUCAGUCCCCUGAGGCCCUCGCGUAGACACUUCCCUCGGGUCAUGCCUCUGUCCAAGCCAGUGCCUGCCACCAAACUUAGCACACUGACACGGCCCAGCCCGGGGCCCUGCCAUUGCAAAUACGACCUGCUGGUCUACUUCGAGAUCUGCGAGCUGGAGGCCAAUGGCGAUUACAUCCCUGCCGUGGUGGACCACCGUGGGGGCAUGCCGUGCAUGGGGACCUUCCUCCUCCAUCAGGGCAUCCAGAGGCGGAUAACCGUGACACUGCUGCAUGAGACAGGCAGCCACAUCCGCUGGAAGGAAGUGCGCGAGCUGGUCGUGGGUCGCAUCCGAAACACUCCCGAAACUGACGAGUCCCUGAUCGACCCCAACAUCUUGUCUCUCAAUAUCCUCUCCUCUGGAUACAUCCAGCCAGCCCAAGACGACCGGCAGUUUCUUGAUUCGGACAUACCUAGGACCUUCUACCAGUUUGAGGCUGCGUGGGACAGCUCUAUGCACAACACUCUCCUGCUGAACCGUGUCACCCCUUACCGCGAGAAAAUCUACAUGACCCUGUCCGCUUACAUUGAGAUGGAGAACUGCACCCAGCCGGCCGUCAUCACCAAAGACUUCUGCAUGGUCUUCUACUCCCGCGACGCCAAGCUGCCUGCCUCACGCUCCAUCCGCAAUCUGUUCGGCAGUGGGAGUCUGCGGGCCUCGGAGAGCAACCGCGUGACGGGAGUGUAUGAGCUCAGUCUGUGCCAUGUGGCUGACGCGGGCAGCCCAGGGAUGCAACGCCGGCGCCGGCGAGUGUUGGACACAUCCGUGGCCUAUGUCCGGGGAGAGGAGAACCUGGCAGGCUGGAGGCCCCGGAGUGACAGCCUCAUCCUGGACCACCAGUGGGAGCUGGAGAAGCUGAGCCUCCUGCAGGAGGUCGAGAAGACGAGGCACUACCUGCUCCUGCGGGAGAAGCUGGAGACCACCCAGCGGCCAGUCCCCGAAGUGCUGUCCCCAGUCUCCAGUGAGGACUCCGAGGCCCACGGCUCGUCCAGCGCCUCCUCCCCGCUCUCUGCAGAGGGCCGGCCAUCACUCCUGGAGGCUCCCAACGAGAGGCAGCGGGAACUGGCCGUCAAGUGCCUGCGCCUGCUCAUGCACACCUUCAACCGCGAGUACACCCACAGCCAUGUCUGCAUCAGCGCCAGCGAGAGCAAGCUCUCUGAGAUGUCUGUCACCUUGCUGCGGGACCCAUCCAUGUCCCCUCUGGGGGCAGCCACGCUCACCCCCUCCUCCACCUGCCCCUCUCUGGUUGAAGGGCGGUACGGUGCCGCCGACCUGAGGACACCACAGCCAUGCUCACGGCCAGCCAGCCCAGAGCCCGAGCCGGAGCUGCUGCUGGAAGUGGACUCCAAGAAGCCCCCCUCCCCUGCCCAGGUGACGGAGGCCGACAAGGAGCCCCAGCGCCUGCUAGUCCCUGACAUCCAGGAGAUUCGGGUCAGCCCGAUCGUCUCCAAGAAGGGGUACCUGCACUUCCUGGAGCCGCACACGGCAGGCUGGGCCAAGCGCUUCGUGGUGGUACGGCGCCCCUAUGCCUACAUGUACAACAACGACAGGGACUCUGUGGAGAGGUUUGUGCUCAACCUGUCCACGGCCCAGGUGGAGUACAGUGAGGACCAGCAGGCUAUGCUCAAGACGCCCAACACGUUUGCCGUGUGCACGGCGCACCGUGGCAUCCUGCUGCAGGCGAGCAGCGACAAGGACAUGCACGACUGGCUGUACGCCUUCAACCCCCUCCUGGCCGGGACCAUCCGGUCCAAGCUCUCCAGGAGGAGGUCUGCCCAGAUGCGGGUGUGAGCCGGAGCCCUCCCGUGACAGCCCCCGCCCUCGUCCUCCACCGCC